AAUACUCGUGGCACAUGUUUUAUUUUAAGGUCGCCGCUUCAGACUGACUGAGAGGAAUGGGGACCUCAUGGUAGUCAAAAAAUAAACCUUUCACUAUCAACAGCAAGUCACAAAAAACUUCCUCGCAGCUCUGUAAUUUUGGAAAACUAAACACUCAGCACCUUGGAGAUAUAGCCUUGAAGAAACUUUUCUGCAACUUUUUUUCAAUAACCCAAAGAGGGGGGAAAAAUUUCUGUGUCUGCAGUGGGGAAACGUGGGGACAUUAAAGUGUCCAUCCAUCCAUCCUUCAAGAGUCCCGCUCGCAUCUCUCUUCCUGCCACCUGCCAACAUGACACGGAGAUCGUGCACCAUUUAUGUGGUUGGGAUCACCUGCGCCGUCCUGCUCGCGGUUGGGAUUGGCUUGUUUGCAGGGCAAGUUUUCCGCACAUUAAUGAACAACCGCCUGAAAAAGGAGAUCGUGUUGGUAGAGGGCAGCCGCGUGUUUGACUCAUGGAAAAAACCUCCUCCUCCUGUCUACAUGCAGUUUUUCUUCUUCAAUGUGACCAAUCCAGACGAGUUUAUUGCAGGGGGAAAGCCAGAAGUUAAACAGAUUGGACCCUACACGUACAGGGAGUACAGGUACAAGGACAACGUAAGCAUGGUGGCAAAUGGCAAAAUGGUCUCCGCAUAUAACACGAAAAGCUUUGUGUUCCUGAGGGAGAAAUCUGUGGGUGAUCCAGCUGAGGAUAACAUCACCACUGUCAACAUCCCUGCCUGGGCUGUCAUGAACAAUGUGAAAGGUAGUUUCUUUAAGUCCUCCAUGGUUUCAAUCUGGAUGAACUCUCUCAAGAGUGGUCUGUUCACUACACGCACUGUGGAUGAACUGCUUUGGGGCUACGAAGACCGUCUGCUGGUUCGCGUUGCUGGCACCAAACCUGAGGUGGAGACGGUGUUUGGACUCAUGUACAAGAAAAAUGGAAGCAAUGACGGUGAAUUUAUCUACCACACUGGAGAGCAGAACUACAUGGAUUAUGGCCGGAUCGAAACAUGGAAAGGCCAAAGGGAGUUGACUUUCUGGAGCUCUAACUAUAGCAACAGCAUCGUUGGAUCAGAUGGAAGUGCUUUCCACCCCCUGCUUGACAAGGAUGAGCGCAUUUACAUCUUUACUCCAGACCUGUGCAGGACCAUCUACAUGGAGUUUGAGAAAGACGUCGAGGUGAAAGGGAUCCCAGCGUACCGCUUCACACCACCACGCUCUGUCCUGGCCAGCAAAGAGGAGAACCCUGACAAUGAGGGUUUCUGCGUCACCCCAAAGGAGUGCCUGGGAACUGGCGUCCUUAAAGUCAGCCCCUGUCGGAAAGGUGCACCAGUGGUUGCCUCCUUUCCUCAUUUCUACCUGGCAGAUGGCAAAUAUGUGGCUGCCAUUAAAGGACUGUCACCUGAAAGGACACAUCACCAAACUUUUCUAGACCUAAACCCUACUACUGGAGUGAUUGUACGCGCUCACAAAAGAGCACAGGUGAACAUCUUGAUGCAGCGAAUCACUGGAUUCCCGAGCACUCGAUUCCUGAAUGAAACAGUAUUUCCUGUAAUGUUCCUCAAUGAGAGCGUGGAGAUUGACGAUGCGUCCGCAGAGAAAUUAAAGAAGCUUCUGCUGAUUAGCAAUUUGGUGUCCAACUUCCCUCUCGUCAUUGUGGGACUGGGUGUUAUUCUGCUCUUGGUCUUUGUCAUCCUCCUGUGCCAGGCUCGCAAACAGAAGAAUGAAGUUAAGCGCAUUGUGUUUACCAAGCCUCUUUAUGCUUCUUCUGCUGAAGACGACACCGCUUACUCUCCAGUUAAUGAUAAGGAGAAGGAGGAUCCCCAGAAUGGAACCUACAUUGGUCUGACACCUAAGGCUGACGUGGAAGCUUGAGGAUGAGCAAGGGGGCUUUGCAUAGAGGGCUCAGGUGAAAAGUAUAUGUUUUUAGUUUCAGACGUCUUUUAUUGUAUGCUCUUAGGUUUAUUUAGAGAGCGCUAAACUCUAUUCCCAGACAAACAUCGUGUUUAGAACACUACGGUGGCUUCUUCUAGCUGCUGCUAAUUAUGUAAAAAUAGUUGAGAACAGUCGUCCAAUAAGCAGAGAAGAAGAGUGUGCUCUGUGGUGGUUCUAAAACAAUCACACCCUUUAAAUGAUGGAGGUUCAAAACUGCCAAAAUUAAGCAGACAUGGAAAAAAUGACUCAGUAAAUUAAGGUUAAUGGAAUUUAUUACAUUAUUUACAAUGCAUUUGUAAAUGAUUGUGUUUGCUUUUGUAUUAUUUGCCUUUGUACUAUGGCUCCAUAGUAGUGUUGUUGUGAUUAACACCUCAGUCACACUCAGGCCAGAGACUGGUCAGCGACCCCCUGGCAACCUCUGGGGAAAAAAUGUGUACCGAUUGGGUAACACUAAUCUUCUUUUCCUCAUGUGGUUGCCAAGCAAUUGCCAACUGGCCUUUAGGCCUGUGUGACUGGGGCCUACUACAUUCCUCUGAAAUAUUAAAGAAGGAUGCACAAAUUCCUAGUGCCAGUCCCAAAUCAGGAGGGUUGCAAGAAGGGCACACAAUUUGAAACCUGUAUUGAAUCACAUAUUCAAUACAGGCCUGCUGUGGCACCCCCUUGGAAAAUAAGGGAGCAGCUAGCAGUACUCAUAUUAUUUACAUUUGUCAUAAUUAUUCUGUUUAUCUACAAUCAGAUUUAAUUCAAACUCUCUGUUGUUUUUUUGUGUUUUUGGGGUGGGUGGGGUUUACAUUACGGCUAACAAGUAGUUUUUCCUGUUUUAGAACCACUCACUGCUUAAGGAAUUGAGAGUGAAAGUGGACAUUAUAUUCUUUCUUUUUUUUAACUUAACAUUCAUUUUUGCAGCCAAAGAGGCUUUUCCCAGACUGCUUUUAUUAUUUUAUUAGACUGCUUUUCAUUGUUUUAUUAUUAUUAUUUGCUUUUUAAGUGUCCUUGUUGUCCACUGAGUUACUGAGUGUCACUAAUUAGCUAACAUAAGCUAAUGUAAGUCUAUUAGCAGCAACCAAUCCAGUGAUGUCGCAAUAUAGCACAAAGUAUGUUCUAAAAACUUUAAACACAUAUUUCUUCAAUCCAGCUUCACAGACAGUUUAUAGAGGUUUAUUUGGAAAAUCAAACAUGUUUGGCACAACAGUGCAUUCAGAUCAUAAUUAUGAUUAUAACUUUUUUUUGAAAAUUUUGGCAGUUUUGGUCCUCCAUACACAGUUAACUUCCUUUCAUUAUUUGUAUGGCUAAACCGAUUUGUCUUGCUUUGGAAUUCAGAUUUUAUGGAAUGACUACUUGUACAAGCGCACCGAGGUCAUUUGGGGAGCAAUGUGAUGAAAUCCUUAAACUGAUGUUUUUUUUGGGGUGUUAUAUUUCACUCUCAGGGGGUCUCAUCUUAGAUGCUGUAAAGCAGUUAUUAAAGCAGAAGAAAGAAAGCACAAUAUACUGGAUGAUAAAUCAGUGUUACUAUGUCUCAUUUCCAUUUCAUUUUCAUUUUAAUGUUACAAAAAAAAUGUCACAACUUAAUAUUUUCUGCUCAUCCAUGGCGCAUAUCGGAUAUCUAACAACCAGCAUACCUGAGAAUCUUCAGAGUAUGGAAUUUGUUUGUAUAUACAUACAGUGUAAGAAGUGAUGAACUGCUUACAUUCCUCUCAGCGUAUGAUGGGGAUGAGUAUUGGACAAAACACUGUAUAUUUUGGAAAUUUUAAUUUGUAAAGUAAGACAUACCUUGCUUUUUGGUUUUUUGUGUUGUCUUUCUUUUUUGUAAAUGUGUAAUUGUAGAAAUGUUUGAAUUAAAGACAUUUCAUGUAAGAACUUUAUAAAUGUUUAUAAAGCUCUAAAGCAGGGGUCUGCAACUCCAGGCCUCGAGGGCCGGUGUACUGCAGGUUUUACAUCUCACCCUGGGUCUACACACCUGAAUCAAAUGAUUAGUUUAUUACCAGGCCUCUAUAGAACUUCAAGACAUGUUGAGGAGGUCAUUUAGCCAUUUGAAUCAGCUGUGUUGGAUCAAGGACACAUCUAAAAACUGCAGGACACCGGCCCUCAAGGCCUUAACCACGGCAGAUUUGCUUGGGUUGAAACCAUCAUUCAGAAAGUACACAAUUUAUGUGUUGACAGUAUUUUGCCCUGUGUAACUGUGUAUUACUAAGUGAUAUAAUGAAAUGUCUUUUAGAUGCUGUAGUGGUGCCUUUAAAGUUACUAGAUUUCUUGUUCCUUUUAAAGAUUUUUGUUGCGUGAAAAGAACACUGUGCCAUAUCAACAAAUCUACUCUCAAGUUUUUUUUCCUUCUUCUUCUUCUUUUAGCUACCAAAAAAAUAAAUAAAAAUAACAAAACCUUUUGAUAUUUCUAAUAUCUAAAAGCAGGGUCUAAAUGCAAUUUAAAAACUCUCUGCCUGACUAGCAGGUUGUUGUGCAGGGCCACAGUUUUCUCACUCGAUGCUGGUGAUGAAAAUGUGUCGUUAUAAUGUGAUCUGGAAAAUGCUGCAGAAUUCCUCCGUUAGAACUGUGACGAGUCCGCCUUUCAUUAUUACUCUUGUAACAUUUUAAUUAAAGCCUUAUAUGCACUGUGAUAAUGAUAAUGACUAUAUCAGAUAUUAGUGGAUUCAUGUGAUUACAGUAAAGUGUUUAACACAUACACUAUAAUAAGGAAAAAAUGAUUGCAUUUUAGAAAAUUUGUGCACAGCGUUUUAUAUAAGAGUUACAAACUCACAAGGAGAUGAAAGACGGGAUUCAUCUGAAUCCCUUUGCAAAAUACACACUAUACAGUAUAAAAACACAGUUGUGGCUAAAGAGAAUAAAUUAUUUUGCUAUGUCGAUAAAACCAAAACACAUAAAGCGGAGCA